AAUCUACCUGAAAACGAAAAUGAUAAUGACUUAGAAAAUAUUAAAUAUAUUUUUACUGACUUAAACGAAACUAUCGGAGAUUUUAAGUUUUCUCGUCUUGGAAAGACAAAAUCCACUAUCCACGAUAGACCACGACCCAUAAAAAUUCGUCUUAAUGAGCAGUCAGAUGUUUUCUCUAUUUUACGAGCACAAAAAAUCCUGAAAAAUUCAACGAAAUGGUCAAAUAUUCACUUCUCUUCAGACAAAACAACCAAACAGCGAAAUGAAAUGGCAAAUCUCAGAAACACGUUACAAAGUCGCAGAGAAAAAGGUGAACAAAAUUUAAUUAUCAAGUACGUUAAAGGUAUUCCAAAAAUCAUUAACACUUCAAAAAACUGAAAAAUACACCACCCACCAGCUUACAUUUUUACUAUCAAAACGUCCGUAGUUUAAAUAAUAAAUUGUCAUAUUUGAAAUCUCAACUCCCGUGUGCAUUACAUGAUAUUUUUAUAUUUACUGAAACCUGGCUAACA